AUGAGAGCUGCCUACCUCCUCCUGCUGUUCCUGCCCGGCCUGCUGGCUCAGGGGCAAUAUGACCUGGACCCUCUGCCGCCAUUCCCAGACCACGUCCAGUACACCCAUUACGGUGACCAGAUCGACAACCCAGACUACUAUGAUUACCAAGAGGCCACUUCUCGGCCCUCUGAGGAGCAGUUCCAGUUCCAGUCUCAGCAGCAGGUCCAGCAGGAAGUCAUCCCGGCCCCCACCUACGAGCCAGGAAACGGGGAGACGGAGCCCACAGAGCCAGGGCCUCUGGACUGCCGUGAGGAGCAGUACCCGUGCACCCGCCUCUACUCCAUCCACAAGCCCUGCAAACAGUGUCUCAACGAGGUCUGCUUCUACAGCCUCCGCCGGAUGUACGUCAUCAAUAGGGAGAUCUGUGUCCGCACCGUCUGCGCCCACGAGGAGCUGCUCCGAGCUGACCUGUGUCGGGACAAGUUCUCCAAAUGCGGGGUGAUGGCCAGCAGUGGCCUGUGCCAAUCCGUGGCGGCCUCCUGUGCCAGGAGCUGCGGGGGCUGCUAG